UUGAAGGUCAUUGAAACGUAAGAUGAGUAGCGGCUGUUCAAAGCGCUUAGGAAAUGGGUUUAUGAGGUCUCAGUCGUUUAGUUUUUCCGCCCAUGUCUCUGGAUUUCAUCCGCCCUCCAUCCGCCCCAGUUUUCAACCCAACAACUGAAGAAUUUACUGACCCUAUUAGUUAUGUCCAACGUAUUUCCCCGGUAGCAUUUAAUUACGGGAUUUGUAAAAUACGCCCCCCAAAUGGCUGGAAGCCACCAUUCUCUGUCGAUCAACAAAACUUUACUUUUGUUCCCAGAGUGCAGGAGUUGACUGAUGUUAGUGCGUAUAAUCGUGUAAGAUAUCAUUUUAUUACUUCUCUGAUAAAUUUUUGGGAGGCUCAGGAUGUUACACUGUUUGUCCCCCAAAUAAAGGGGAAAAGUAUCGAUAUUUAUCGAUUAUGGAAACAGGUAAAGUGUACUGGCGGCUACCAAACUGUGUGCGAAAAAAAGCUUUGGUGUAAAAUUUGUGGGGAAAUCGGCUUGCCAGCAAUUCCAUCUUUUGCCUCUGCUCUGUGUUCACACUAUAAGAAGUACUUGUUGCCCUAUGAUACGUUUAUCGCUGAUGAAUCGGUAAAUGAUAAUAAGCAUUUAGAGUUUUCAUGUUCAAGUCAGUCGCGAAAAAAUAAACCAUCGGUCAACAAGAUGGUAUGCUCUGUGUGCAAUCUUGGUGAUGAUGACAAAUAUCUCCUCUUGUGCGAUGGUUGUGAAACCUAUGGAGCAUGUCACACGUACUGCCUUGAUCCACCUUUGUCUGAUGUUCCCAAGGGAAAUUGGUACUGUCGUUCUUGCAUAAUAAGGAGAUAUAAGCGGUUAAAUCGAUAUGAGGCUUUUGGAUUUAAAAGCUCAAAUGUAAAAUAUACGCUUCAUACAUUUGGGAUUCGAGCUGAUGAUUUCAAGGCGAAACACUUUGGGAAACCAACGCAUAUGGUUUCACUUGAAGAGACUGAAGCCGAAUUUUGGCGCCUUGUUGGCUCCGAAGAUACUGGGGUAAGUGUGGAGUAUGGGGCCGACCUGAAUGCUCGUGAACAUGGAUCAGGCUUCCCAACUUCCCGACCCGGAAGGAUAAGUCAGAAGUUGAAACAUUAUGUUACUUCACCUUGGAAUUUAAACAACACUCCUCUGCUAGAUAACUCUGCUCUUAGAUUUUUACCACGGAAUAUAUCUGGCAUGAUUAUUCCUUGGUGCUAUGUUGGUAUGGCGUUUUCCUGUUUUUGCUGGCACACAGAGGAUCAUUGGAGUUACUCCAUUAACUAUCUGCAUAUGGGUGAGCCAAAAACGUGGUAUGGAGUUCCAACGAACUACGCCGAUGCUUUCGAAUUGGCCAUGCGUUCUGAGGUCCCUGAAUUAUUUGUCAAUUCUCCAGAUUUAUUGCAUCAUAUGACUACAAUGGUCUCACCAUCUAGACUCCAAGCACAUGGUGUCCCCGUUUAUCGUACUGACCAAAUGGUCGGUGAAUUCGUAGUGACAUUUCCUCGCGCAUUCCAUGCUGGUUUCAACCAAGGAUUUAACUUUGCGGAAGCAGUUAACUUUUGCCCUGCAGAUUGGCUUGAAUAUGGGCUAAAUUGUAUUGAGCACUAUGCACUUUUACAUAGAACUCCAGUUUUCUCACAUGCCGAAUUGUUGUGUCGUAUGGCUAAGUCUGUUGAACCACUCAGUGUGGAAUUUCUAACGGUUAUCACAAAACAGUUAGGUGAUUUACUUACUACUGAACGUAGUUUGAGACGUCAUUUGGCGAGGAUUGGUGUUAGGCUUACGGAACGAAUGGUUUUUGAAAAUUCGGAAGAUGAAAAAAGAGAAUGUGAUUUAUGUAGGACAACACUUUACUUGUCAUCGUUGGGGUGUAAAUGUUCGGAAAGUAUGGUUUGUUUAGCUCACUAUCAAAUACGUACAUGUUGUCCCCGUGAUAGCCAAAUUAUGCGCUAUCGUUAUGAUUUAGAUGAAUUAACUGAAUUUAAGGAGAAAUUACAAUCAAAAUUAAUUGAAUUUGAACAAUGGAAGAAUCAAAUUGAAAAUGAAGUAUUUAGUGCAAUGCAAAACUCUGUUGAUACAAUAAAAAUAUCAUCUGCGCUCAAAACGGCAACUACUACUAAUACUACUACUACUGAAAUCAAACAAAAUAAAUCUGGUGAUAAUUUAAAACAUCAAACGGAUCUAUUGAAAUUAAAUAAUCAUUUAAAAUUAUCCAUUUGUGAUAAUGUUGAUAAUAGUGUUAAUAAUUCCAGUACUGUUAGUAGUAAUAAUACCAAAGAAAACGAUCAUGGGGAUAUUAUCGUUGAUACUAAACUAGAUGUUGACAACAAAAAUGAACUUGCUACUGUGGGUUCAAAGCCUUCAUCGUCUAUUUCUCUGAAAACUGAUCAGGAACAGCAUCAUAAAUUAACUUUGUCUGAUUUAAAUAAACUUUUAAAGCUUGGCCGGGCACGACAGUAUCCCAAUACAUUAGUGGAACGUUUAAAUCACGUGGUUCAUACUAUUAGUGAAUGUUCAUCAGUCGUUCGCAAACUAAUUACCAGCUAUAAGAAUGCAUGUGAAUCAAUGAAAAUCACUCAGGAAACUGAAAUGAAAUCUGUCAAAUAUGAAUCGACAGAUUCAGAACAUGAAGAAGAUGACGAUCAUGAUUUUGAGAAUGAUGAUGCUGAUAAUGAUAAUGGGACUUCUGAACGCAAAGAAUUAACACAAAAUACUGAUAGAAUUGUACACAAUAUAUCACACACAUCAACUUCUAGCAGAUCUAAUUCAGAAACAGAUGAUGAAGUCAGUAUUGAAGACUCUCGAAAUUCUAGUGGUACUUCGUUUACUAAAAACAGUCGAAGAUUAAGUAGAAGUAGUUUUCACGGUGGUGAUGAUGAUAAUGAUGAUUAUACAGAAAGAUUAGAGCAAAGGGAAGAAGAUAAAAUGACGGAGACUAAUCAAAACGAACAAGUGGAUGCUUCAUUAAAAGCCAAUUGUCACAAUGAUAAUAAUCAUAAUGACAGUUGUCGUAAACUCAGGUCUAGAAGUACCAGUUGUCAUUACGCUAGUUCAAACCGGACUAGAAAUAAAUCGUCCGCACCGAAAGGUCCUUUUAUUUCGAAACUAACACUAAAUGAAUUCGCUAGUCUAGUUAAAUUAGCUUCAACUUUACCGGUUAUUUUACCGGAAUACAAAGAUCUACAAGAAUUUGCUGAUCAUAUCACUAGAUGGAGAAGUGAAGUGCGUGAUUUGUUAGUAAAUUUAAACAAGAAACCUUUUUUUAAUAACAAUAAUAAUGGCAAUAAUAUUGUCGAUGUUAAUGAUGGUUGCAUUAUUUCAUCUAUUUCCGACAUCAACACUACUACUAAUGAUAACAGUAGUUUGUAUGAUCCAAAUAAAAUAGAGCUACAACUUCGAUCAGUAUUGCCCUCCGUAAUAAAAGUUGCAGAAUAUAUCAACGUUGGCAACGCGAUCGAUAUUGAAUUACCCGAAUUAAAUCAAUUGAAAAGAGUUCAUGAAUGUCUAACAUGGUUAGAAAAAGUAGACAAAGCAUUAAAUUAUAAAUCAAAUUCUGUUCAAGAGAAAAUUGAAAAAUAUCGUAACACAAAUCCAUCAACUGAUAUUACAAUCAUCAGUAAACCAACAUUAAGUAAUCUAUGCGAUUUACAAAUUCAAGGUAGUCAUGUAGCUUCAGCUAUUGCUUAUGUAAUGAAUAUUUCAGAAAAUGUUUAUUCAUCAUAUAAUUUUUCUUCACAUAGUUUAUUAGAUACAGUAUUAAGUAUUCAAAGUCGACAUCUUUUAGAAACGAUAUCUACAGUAAAGUUGAUUGAAGAAAGAUUAAAUGAAAUUAUUCAAGCCAAACCUGGUAGUCUAUCUUUGAAUUCAGUCAAAGAACAAUUAAUUAUAGCCGAGCAAUUACCAAUUCAAUUGACUACCAUUACCAAUGUUCAAUCAAUAUGUGAGAAAGCAGAGAAAUAUGAGAAACAAUUUGAAUUAUUUGCAAGGUUACUCUUACAGAAUAUUUCAUUAUCAUCAUCAUCAUCAUCAUCAUCAUUGAAUGAGUACAAUCGAAACACAUUUCAACAAGAACAAUGUUACACCGAAGUGAAACAGAAAAAAGAAGAAGAAGCAAAUUCUACAGUUAAUAAUAACAAUAAUCAAUGCACUAUGGAUCAAGAAAUAUUAGAUGAGGUUGGCUUAGGCUCAGUGAAUUCCACUCCAAUCAAUUGGCAGUCUUAUUUUAAUACACUAGAAGAUAGUAUACAAGAUUGUGUUAUAAAAUUCCCACAGAAUGAUUCUAUAAGGAAACUACUAUCAGAUUUGAAUAAAUUCCAUGAAAAAUUAUCAAAAUUAUUUAUACGACCACAAUCAACUCGAAGUUUACUAGAAAUUCUACUGCCUAGAUCAGCAUCUGCAUUAGAAUGGCUUAUUCGUUUAGAUGGCGAUCCAGAUAUUAUACCGGAUUCAUAUAGAAAUAAUUUUAAUUUAGAUGCAAACAACUGUCCACCUACUACAUAUAAACGGCAUACACGUAGUCCACAUUUUCAGUCAUUAACAUACAAAUCGUUGUGCAAAGAUAAUGUACAAGAAUUCGCUAAAAUUUCAAAUGUGUCCAAUUGGGAACAAGUGUAUAGUUCGACGUAUAAUCGUUUUGUUGAGGCUGAAGUUUCAUUAAUGCAUUAUUUACGCAGUACAAAUAUGCGAAAAUCACGAGCAAAAAAUCAAGAGAAAAUUGUUUAUUGUAUAUGUAGACAGCCUGGACUUACUAGUUUUAUGCUUCAGUGUGAAUUAUGCCGUGAUUGGGUACACGGUCGGUGUGUUACACUCCCAGCUUUAAAGGAUUCAGAAACUGAACGUAUGAGAUAUAUUUGCCCACGGUGUGAAUGUAGUUUAAGACCAGAUUUAAAACAAGUCCUUAAUUUUGUCUCAGAACUUAAUAAUCUUUCUUCAUGCAAUAAUGACUCAAAUCAUGACCAAACAGUGAACAGCAGCAACAACAAUCACCAUGAAAUUAGUUUAUGUUUCCAUCAAUUUCCAGAAUUCGUUGCGGUUCAACUACUUUGUGUUCGAGCUAUUUCCUUUAUCAAGCAUAUUCAAACGUCGAUUGCAUCUAAUACAGAACUUAAACAAGCUCUGUCCGAUUAUGAACACUUUUCCAAUAUGACUAUGCCUUCGAUCAAUUUAAUAGAAGAGAAUAUUUCUGAGGAAUUGAUGUCAAGUCCAAAUUGUAAUGAUACUUCUCAAAUACUAAUUAAUUCAAAAAAACUUUACCUUCCGGAAAAAGGUACAUCACUUGAUCUUGCCUGUUCGUCUAAAAGUUCUUUAGGUUCUGAUAGUCGUUCUUCAAAUACCACUGUUCGAUCAAUGAUAUCGCAUUCCCAAGAUUAUCUUGAUAUUGAUUAUGCGAAAACGCAAACAGCUGGUUCAUAUUUACCAACAGCUAGACCUCGAGCUGGUAACAUUUCAAUGCCUGCCAAAUCACCUUGGAAAGUAAUGAAUUCUACAAUGUCCAAAAUGGAAAUGCCAGUUAACCGUAAUCCACGUGAAUUUAUCGUUCCUGAUGAAAUGCGUUCCUCUUCAUCAUCAAGGCUGUCUAAUUUGGAAUUACAAUUUUCCAGUUGUAAACAAGGUUGUAAAUCUCAAUUAUCAGCAUCAGAUAACACUGGAUGUACGCAUUCAGGUGAACUAAAAGAGGCGGAAGCUGCUGAAGCUUUAGCUGGUCUUUCAGCAUCUUUAAAUUCACAAUCUUCUGUUGUGCUAAAACAAGAUUUAAGCUUAUCAUCAGUGUAUAAUCGACAAUCGUACAGUAAUUUCAAAACGGAUAUUUCAUUUAGUCAAUUUGGUAAUCGUGGCAGUUUAUCUGGUAGAAUUAUGAAUCAACGAGAUACUGGUUUUAGCCCAUGUUCUACUGAUAGGUCAGAUUCAAUGCACUUUAAUAAACUUCACCAUGGUUCACUUUUAUCACCAAACCAUGCUCGAGAUCUUUGCAAUGUUAAUCGUCUUGGUCAUUCCAAAAUUCCAACAACAGACCUCGAAACUACAAGAAAAACAUCUUGUAUACAAUCGACACGAAAAUUUUACUUCCCAUUGUCUGCAGAAGCUCGUAAAAUAUUAGAAAACUUAAUAAUGGAAGCGUGCUUAUUAGAAGUACAUUUACCACAAACACGAUGGUUAUGGCAAUUGCAUUUAGCUUCCGAUCAAGAAACAGAAUCUUGUGGUGCCUAUCAUCCAUUUGUUGCGAAAAUAGAAGAAGAACGUCUUAAGCGACGAAUUUUACGUCAUAUUCAACAAUCAAGUCAAUCAAAAUUAUCUGAACGAUUGAGAGCCGGACGACGAAAAAGAAGAGGUUCUGGUUCAGUAGGUAAUUUUGUCAAUGUAUUGGAUAAAAACAUGGAACAUUCUGAUGAUAGCAACACAUCCGUAACUGAAAAUAGUGAGUUGCAAAAGCGCCAACGUCAUAGUCCAAUAUAUUCAGAAGCAGAGGAAAAACAGAGCGGUUCGUCAUCAGUUUCAGAUCCUAUUACUCGUGCUAAUUUUAUCCCUCACAGGAAGGCCUAUCGCUUGAGAGGUCGUGCAUCAGAUUUGACUAUAGCAAGACGAUAUAAAAUGGGUAGACCUAGACGUUUGUUGCCUGUACGAAGUCGGCGUUCAGUUCAACGACCACCUCAUGCUAUUGGUUAUAGAUCUAUGCGCUCCACUGAACAGAAGCAUUUUUAUAAUUCAACUAUGCGAAAUGUACUACAACAAAAAUGUCAUACAAUGUUAUCUAACAGUAAACAGUGUAAAAUGCCAACUAACAGACGUGCUAGAAAUCUAAGUGGCCAAUUAUGCAUGGCAUCUCGGAGAACUGGACGGGUUUAUCGUGGAGAACGCCUUGUACGGCGUCCACACGCCUUUUCUAAUAAUGAAUAUAGUGAUUCGUCAACAAGUGAAGAACACUUGGAAACGGCACCAACAAAUGAACAGUAUCACUCAAGACGCGAAUCAAUACCGUAUCGUAAAAUGACAUCCAAUUAUUUUAGUUACACUGUCGGUAGAAAAAGGUCAGCCUUUAGACAGGAUAGACUAAGUGGGAUUCGAUCAACAAUGCCAGCAACAAAAGCUAUGUUAAAUAAUGAUGAAAGUGAAGAAGAAAAUGUAGAUUGUGCUACAGAUGAUCAAGCGUCUAAUUAUGAAGAUGAUGAAUGCCCAGCAGGACCAUGUCUACAUCCACAAACUGGUACUGUAAAAUGGGUCCAAUGUGAAGCAUGUUGCCGAUGGUAUCAUCAGAUAUGCGUCGGAAUUCAUCAUCAUUUUCAGCUUCCUAAAGUAUAUUUUUGUCCUACAUGUCAUCAGCGUGCUACUAACGACUUCCAUGCACAUCGGAAGCAACUUUCGACUGGUAGAAAUUUAAGUCGACUUCCUAGUGGACGUUUUCUUAAUAAAAAUCCAUCGAAACUCCAUUUACGUACGAAAUUAACAGCUGGAAGUCCUAUUAAGUUAGGAUCACAUUUAUCACAGCGUCCAGUUGGUUGGACCACUAGGUCAGAAGUAUUAUCAUCUCGUUUACCUAAAUUACGUCCUUAUAAUGAUCCAGAAGUUCCAAAUGUACUCGAUGAUGAUUAUGACGAUGAUAAUGAUGAAGGUAACAAUAAUACCACUGAAGAAAAAGAUGUGAAUUCCACAAUGAAUCAAGAUAUUCCAGUUUUGACUAAUCAACUAGUAGAUGAUAAUUGGUGCGAUAUCUCUCAAAGUUCUGAAGAACCUUCAAUAAAGAUACCUGUUAGUUCGCCACAUGAAUCUGUACACAUGGAUGAACCUCCUGUUAUUGAUGCAUAUGAACAUGUUUCAAAUAAUUAUACUAAUAAUGAGGACGCUGUUGAAGUAUCAAAGGGACCAACGGAGGUUCUCUUGGAAGCAUUAGAUGUUAUGAGUAGUGAAAAUAAUUUCAAGUAAUUGUAUUUGAUUAUCCUGUGUGUUAUUCUCCGCACUGCACUACAAUCAUCAACAAUUUUCAUAUUUUAUUAUCAAAUAUUUAACAACUCAUCACAGCAAUAUCUAUUUUAUAUUCGAUUAUUGAAUAGAAGUUAUUUCAUGAAAAUGUAAGGUGUGUGUACACGUUGAUGGUAAUUACAAUCUGUAAAUUAUUAAAUGAAAAUAGUAUUUUAGUGACUUAAGUGCUAAUUUAAUUGUUCUUUUGCGAAUCCUUGUCUGUCAGGUUGACACUUUCAUAUAUGUAAUUGAUAAAUCAUCUCUGUACACAUUAUUUUCCUUUACUGAAUUCGGAUCAUUUUCCAUAUAUUUCAUUGUCAUUUUUUCCUUUACAUAUUUUAUUGUUAUCGAUUUAUCUCUCCUGAUAUUAGUGUAAAAUUAACAUGUUUAUUUCCAUACUGCACUGUUCUCAACAGUUGAGUGGUCUCGAGAUUUCACUUAAAACACUACUCUAGACUGUUUAGUGCACAAUACCACAGCAAUACGUCUUUUUUUCAUUUAAACUUAUCAAUUGUUUUUGUCACUCAACUUUUUCGUAACUCCACAUUACUAUAUAACUCGAUAAAUGUACCUUCUUUGCACACAUAUACAGUAAUCAUUCUCUCGUAAAUUCUGUUGUUAAUUUUUGAUUCGUUUCUCGGAUUAUUCUCUCCAUUGUUAUAUCGAAACUAAUGAAAGAGUAUCGCUCCAAUGUCGUCAGCGUAGCGUUAUUAUUAUUUUUAUUGUUAGCAAUACCACCUUUUGAAUAUGUCCGAAUAUUUUCAUAAAUUUUUCCAUUUUAUCACCCUAAUCAGUGAUAAAAAUGAUUUUGGUAGAUUAUUUUGACAAUGAAAAUGGUUUCUUGUUUACAGUUGUUUGUUAUAUGCAUUUGUUUUUUUUUUUUACCAAACAUGAUUACUACGUAAGAUUUCGCCAAUAAAAGUUUCGUAAAAAUUUCAUAACUGUUCUAUUCUACACUUACACGUUUUGUACAAUACCUAAAGAGAAAAAGUACUGGAAUAUUGAUUUUAUAGUAAUUUAUUCACUAGUUGCAAGACGUUUAUUUGCUGCAGUUAUCACUGAAUUACGUUCGUCAUCGAUCACAGUAUAUUACUAUGUUUAACAUAGUCCACAUAACCUGGUAGGAUUAAGCUAGUAUACAGAAGAUUCAAUGAGACCUUAUAGUUGGCAAGGAUAUAAUUGGUUAUUAGACAUAUAUUGUUAACUACAUUGUGACAUUAAUCACAUAUUUUUUGACUGUCCUAAAUCUCUUUUUUUUA